AUGCGAGGAAGUGACACCCGUCACUAUGUGUAUGGGAGGGUGUACACCCUGUCCACUGCCGGGCAGUGCUGGGAGCUGUGUAAAGAUGCUCAUCUGGAGUUCAAGCGGCUCACCUCGGUGCGGCAGUGCUGCUGGGGAAUCGCGGGCGAUCACCAGGUCUACCUCUACGUGCAUUGCAGCGACGUGCCCAUCAGAUAUCAGGAGGAAACCUAUGAAAACCAGCGCUGGAACCCUGUGGACAGAUUCUGUGAGAGGUUGUUGCCAAGCGACCGCUGGCAGUGGAGUGAUGUCACCGGCCUGAAGCACCAGACCCUGGAUAGCUUCAGGCUGCCGUCGGAGCACUGGGAGUGGGAGGCAGACUGGUACGUGGAUGAGAACAUUGACGGGGAGCCCACAGAGAAGGGGGGCUGGACAUACGCCAUCGAUUUCCCUGCCACCUACACGAAAGAUAAGAAAUGGAAUUCCUGUGUGCGUCGCAGACGAUGGAUCCGAUACAGGAGGUACAAAUCACGGGAUACAUGGGCCAAGAUCCCCUAUCAGGGUGAUGGGUCUCUACCAGACCCCUUCAGUGACAUCAGCGUGGGGGGCUGGGACAUCACAGAUGAGCCAAGGGGACGCCUGUCCCUCUGGGCAGUCUCACUGCAAGGGAAGGUGUGGUACAGAGAAGGAAUUUGCCAUCACAAUCCUGAGGGCUCAGUGUGGACAGAGGUCACUACCCCCGGAGAGGUAGUUCAGAUCAGCUGUGGGCCGAGUGACCUCGUGUGGGCUGUGCUGUGGGAGGGGCAGCUGCUGGUCAGAGAGGGGAUCAGCAGAGAGAACCCUAAAGGCUCUUCCUGGGUGGUGGUUGAUUCCCCAAGUACAGAAGUUGGUGCAGUUCACGUAGCAGUGGGCAUUAAUGUUGUGUGGGCCAUCACCAAGGACAGAAAGGUGUGGUUUCGCCGGGGUAUAAACUCCCACAACCCCUGUGGAACGGGCUGGAUCGGAAUGGUUGGAGAAAUGGUCAUGGUGAACGUAGGACUGAACGACCAGGUGUGGGGAAUCAGCUGUGAAGACAGAGCUGUUUAUAUCCGUCAAGGUGUCACAUCCAGUGAACUCAGUGGAAAGACCUGGAGAGCCAUUGCUGUAGCUAAAGAUGAUGACAGGUCCCGUUCUGGGAGCUCCAAUAGCCUUGCCAGUGCCGGCUGCUUUUUCAGCGGGGAGGUGAGAGUCCAGUCGCAGUCAUCUGUUAUGAAUGAUGCAGAGUCGUCUUCUGAAACUGAAAGGUCUGAGGCUGCACAGUCCACCUCACCUUCGCAUGCUGACGCCAUGAAGCGUAGAAUCCCUAAAGUGACCAGUGACAGCUUCAUAUCAGAGCUGGUCUCCGACAAAGAGCGCAAGCCAGGAAGGGACAUACGGGACGGCCAGGUCCCUUCCGUCCAGGAGGAGGGGCCAACCCAAGAACAAGCCUCUGCCGACCAGGAGAAUGUCCCACAGGAGACAUCCGUCAAGCUGCUCCCACAGUCCACUGGCCAGCAGGGGGUCCGAGACCCCAAGUGGAGUAACGUAGAUUUAGAAGAAGCUCAGACUCCCCUGCCAGCUGCAGCUUCAGACACCACGGAAACCUCCAGCUUGUCCUCCGUAGCUACCUACAACUUGGGCAUGGAGGAGCAGUUUGGGGUGAAUGAGCACCUUCUCUGGGCCUGGGUCAGUGGAGGGGGCUGUGACGUGGAUUCACAUACCCAAUUAAACUGGUUCAGUGCCUCGACAGGAGUGUCCUCCUCUGUGCAGUCCAUGUCCCUGUCUAUCACCCCAGCACAAACGGCAGCAUGGCGAAAACAGAUCUUUGAGCAGCUGAGCGAGCGAUCCAAGAGAGAGGUGGAGAAUUUCAGGCACUAUGAGCAAGCUAUUGAGCAGUCUGUGUGGGUGAAGAAGGGCAUCAUGCAGUGGUGGAGAGACUGGAAACCAAACAAGUGGAUAGACAUCCGAUUUGCCCUGGAGCAAUUUUCAGGGACUGAUGGCAAUCAAGAUGGUAUCCUCUUCAUUUACUACACAUUCAAUGAUGAAAAGAAGUACCUCCAUGCGUUUAUAAAUGAGAUUACUGUCCUGGUCCCUGUUCUCAAUGAUACAAAACACACGUUCGCUAUCUAUACACCAGAAAGGACCAAACAGAGAUGGCCAAUACUGCUGGCUGCUGCUACCGAACAGGAGAUGCACGAUUGGCUUGCCCUUCUGAACUUAUCCUGCUGUGAUUCAAGAGGGAUCCAUGGGCCUCCUUCUAAGCAGGCGAUUUGGUCCACUACAUGCAAAGGUGACAUCUAUGUUUGUGAGCCUGCUCCGAAUCUGGAGGCGGUUCCCUAUCCAUUGCCCUGUGAUCAAAUGUUUUGGAGACAGAUCGGAGGGCACCUGCGCCUGGUGGAAAGUAACAGUCUGGGAAUCGUAUGGGGUAUCGGAUAUGAUCACAUCGCCUGGGUGUACACUGGAGGCUAUGGAGGUGGUUUCUCCCAGGGGCUGGGAAGCAGCACCGAUAAUAUCCACACACAGACAGACGUCAAGAGUGUUUACAUUUAUGAAAAUCAACGCUGGAACCCAGUAACGGGCUACAGCAGCAGAGGUCUUCCCACAGACAGGUACAUGUGGAGCGAUGUGUCUGGUUUGCAGGAAUGCACCAAAGCAAACACUAAGCCUCCAUCUCCACAAUGGACCUGGGUGUCAGACUGGUGCAUUGACUAUAACACUUCAGGUGGGACUGACCGGGAGGGCUGGCAGUAUGCUGCUGAUUUUCCAGCGACCUAUCACGGGCACAAGACGAUGAAAGACUUUGUGAGGAGGAGGCGCUGGGCAAGGAAAUGUAAAAUCACCACGACUGGCCCGUGGCUGGAAGUUCCUCCCAUCGCACUGUGGGAUCUCACCAUCCUGCCCUGCUCCUCUCAGAGCUCCGUGGAGGAGGUCUCACUCUGGGGCAUCAGCAACAAGGGAGACGUCCUGUGUCGGAUCGGGGUGACACAACAGAGCCCCGCAGGUACCUCCUGGCUUCACAUUGGGACAGAUCAGCCCUUCAAGUCUAUCUCCAUAGGUGGCGGCUACCAGGUGUGGGCGAUUGCCAGAGACGGAUCGACGUUCUACCGCGGAUCUGUCUCUGCUCAGAACCCAGCAGGAGACUGUUGGUACCACAUUCCCUCUCCACCCAGACAGAAGCUGAAACAGGUGUCAGUGGGGCGCACAUCCGUUUACGUUGUGGAUGAAAACAGUAACUUGUGGUACCGCCAGGGCCUGACCCCCAGCUACCCGCAGGGGACCAGCUGGGAGCACAUUUCAAACAACGUCCGCAGAGUUUCCGUGGGACCUCUUGACCAGGUUUGGAUAAUUGCUGACAAAGUUCAAGGCAGCCACAGUCUGAGUUGUGGCACUGUAUGCCAUCGGGUUGGAGUGCAGCCAAUGGAGCCUAAAGGACAAUCAUGGGACUAUGGAAUUGGAGGUGGAUGGGAACACAUUACAGUCAGAGGGAACUCCCAGGAAGCCCCUAGGAUUGUCAUACCAAUGCCUGCUGAAAGUACUUUGGAAAAAAAGGGCAGUGUGGCAGAGGAGGGCGGUGGAGCUGGGGGCAGGGCUGCUUCCGACAGCUCAGUACUCGGUAUCAAAGAUGAGGAACUGAAUGGAAAUGCUGUGAGUUGUUAGCCUGCUUCCUCUCUUGUCCCAUGUGUACCUCUUAACAUGAACUUCUCAAGGUUAUUCCUUCCUUCCAUCCUUCAUUACUUCACCACUAUGGAAGACCUCCUGCCCAUGUUUUGCACAGCUUCUUUGUGUAGCUUUUUGUGCGUGUGCGUGUGUAUGUGUGUGUGUUGGUGGUGGUUAUACUUUGUUUUGGUGCCGUUUUUACUCUAUGUCUUAAACAAGAUUAUUUAAAUGUAUUAAUCAACAUAGCUCUGUGUGUUUUACGUUGCAAGUUUCAGUUUGAAAAUAUUAUUACAGUACCUAAAAUAAAAUCCAAUCACAGAAAUCAGUGUAGGUGAAUAAGGGUGAGAGGCUGCUAAGGUCACAGCUAAAAGAGGCAUUGCGACCAAAAUGUAAAACUGCAACAAGUAAUUCCAAAAUGAGAUGGAGUAUAUUUCUGUGGUGUGAGAAGAACAUUGAAUUAGUAAGAGAUUUUUUUUCACCUCAAGAGGCUGGCCUUGGAAUUGGAGUGAGUCACAUGAACUGUGAUAUUUAUCUUGGUGUGCCACUAAAUACUAUAAAAGAAGUGUACUUGUACUAGUGUACUAUAAAAGUGCACAAUUUGCUAUACGUGACAGCAAAACACACAUGAAUUAAUAUUUGAAGAAUAUACUGCAUGUAUGUAGAUACUACAUAUUUCAUGGUUGGUGAAUACCAAUGAAACAGUUUAACCAGCAUUUGAACUGGAUAAAAUAUUCACUUCCAGAGGUGUAACUUUAUCCUCUUUGAUAACAAACAAGUCAUUUUAAUAAACUCUGGGUGCGAUUUCUGGUGGUUUUGAGGUACACCUAGGCAGGGUUUUUCAUUCUCAGCACUCACAAAUGAAAUAUUCAAACCAAUGCAUUGGUUAUUGUUUUUUCUUUGUAAAGGCCCAUGUACCUUUUUAAAACAAUUGUUAGAGUGAAAGUAAAAUCAUAAUCUCCAGUCUUUACUACAGCCACCUUCUAUAAAAACAUUAAUUAAAAAAGUGAUCUUAAUAUAGAGAAUAUCUUUUUACCAGAAUACAGUUGUAUGCAAAUUGUGGGUGGCACAGUAAAACAUGCAAACUUGGAAAUUAUUUUAAACAAAUAAUUAUUGAAAUACUUCUUAUAUUUUAAAAAGUUACAGGUAGUCUUUUUUUUCCCUAUGGUGCCUACAUUCCUUUGUAGAAUUGUAGAAGGGUCAGUCCUGUUUGCUUUUCAGUAUAAAACUACUAAAGGAGCCAACCUCUUUGCCGAAGAUAAAACUGUUUCUCAAUUCCCACCCCAUGCAUCCAGACAUUCAUAGGCAGUACAAAAAAGUUACAUUUCAAUUCUCUUUCAGAGUUUAACAAACAGUAACUUCAUUAUAGAGCAAGCUGUACAUUCCAAUCAAGCAUGAAAUGUGAGUUCUAGAAAUGGUUCUGUUGUUAGUUUGGUUUUAGUUUUUUUUUUUUUUUUUUUUUUUUAAGUUUGAGAUUUACAAAUAGAUUUUAAUAGACAGAAUAUCAACUACAUUCUGUAAAAAAAAAAAAAAAAAAAAAUCAAGUACUAUAUACACACUUCCCAUUUUGUGCUGUGUAAACUUUUCAAUGUAAUGCAUGAAUGAUGUCUUCUCAAUAAACAUGGUAUAUGUUCAGAUUCUUA